CGCAUGCGUGGAGGACAUGUGCUCUACAGCAAAGUCGUCCUUUACUCCACACACACUUCUAAGCCUCGGCACAUCUCCUAACUACACUUUAUUCCUCCUCCGUGUCAGGAUAAACUCCUCUCGUCUCAGCCAACUUUGGAGAUUAUUUGGCCCGCUUAGCUUGCUAGUUUGUUUUAGCGCGCUAGUUAGCUUAGCAUGCUAGUUAGCUUAGCUUGUUAGCCGCUAACAAAGAGACGCAGAUUUGAUCAACACGUCGCUUAGUUAAGAUCAAGUGUGAGUGCAAAGUGUUGCGAUUGUGUGAAAAUGUGCGAAAGAACCAUAGCAGAGAACAAAGACGAACUUUCUCGGGCAAAAGAAAAGAACAAGAGACUAUGUCAACUAUUGGAGGCUGUUUUCAAGAAACCUCAAGUUGUGUUACACAGAACAGACGUCUGUGAAAAAUAUGAUCCACCUGAGCAGCAGGAGGGUUCCUCCAGUAUGGAGCAGAAGUCACAGAACCUCCACGUGAAAGAAGAGGAGCCACAGUCCCCCCACUUUAAAGAUGAAGAAAAACAGUGGGUCAUCAGUGUGAAGAGUGAAGAUGAUGAGGUCAAAGGUGAGAGUGAGGAGAAGUGGAGCUUCAGGAUGCGGACGGAGGAGCCACAGCCUUCCCACAUUAAGAAGGAAGAGGAAGACCCACUGACACCCCAUUUUAAAGAGGAAGCGGUGGAUCCACUGAGCCCUCACAUUAAAGAGGAAGAGGAGGAACACAGCAUCAGUCAGCAGGGAGAGCAUCUUGAAGGACUGGAGGAGUUUACAGUGAUUAGUGUGAUUGUGAAGAGUGAAGAUGAUGAGGUCAAAGGUGAGAGUGAGGAGAGGGGAGGGGGGGAGCCUCCAAGCAGCAGCUCAACUCAACACAUGACAACAGAAGCUGAUGGAGACCACUGUGGAGGAUCACAAGCAGACAAGCUCUUAGCUCCACUAUCAGAUAGUGAGGACACAACGUCACACUCUCCUGACACUGAUGAUGAAGACUCUAAAGAUGAUAAGACAUGUCACACUGACAACACACACUUCACAUGUUCUCUCUGUGACAAAACUUAUAAAUAUCCUAGUAGUUUGAAAGUACACAUGAGAACACACACUGGAGAAAAAACUUUUUCAUGUUCAGUCUGCGGGAAAGGUUGUACUCAGAGGCACAAUUUGAAAAUACACAUGAGAAUACACACUGGAGAAAAACCUUUUUCAUGCUCAGAAUGUGGUAAAAGUUUUGCAAGAAAUCAACGUUUAAAAGAACACAUGAGAACACACACUGGAGAAAAAACUUUUUCAUGUUCAAUCUGCAGUAAAGAUUUUACCCAAAAGCACAAUUUCAAAGUACACAUGAGAACGCACACUGGAGAAAAACCUUAUACUUGCUCAGAAUGUGGUAAAAGUUUUGUAAUAAAUCAAAGUUUAAAAGUACACAUGAGAACACACACUGGAGAAAAACCUUUUAUAUGUUCAGUAUGUGGCAAAAGUUGUAAAGAAAGACAGCAAUUAAAAUCACACAUGAGAACGCACUCUGGGGAAAAAACAUACUCCUGUUUAAGCUGCCACAAAAGCUUUUGUCACCUAAAACACUCUUACAGUACACAUGAGAACACACACAGGAGAGAAAGUGUUGAGUUGCAGUGUGUGUGGUGAAAGAUUCUCUUCUAAGUCCCAGUGUAAGAAACACAAGUGUGCUGGUGAGAACAGCAGCAGCAAAUGAAGAUGCAGGAUUUGAAAUAAACUGUCAAAACUUGAA